AUGCUUGUGUGUGCGCCGACGGGUACAGGCAAGACCAACGUCGCCUUGCUCGCCAUGCUUAGGGAAAUCAGACAGUUGGUCCCCGAUCAAGACUGCUUGAAUUCCGAAUCGCCCUCUGUUUCAUUCGACCCGUCUGAAUUCAAGCUUGUUUAUCUCGCGCCGAUGAAGGCACUCGCCACGGAAAUCGCCACGUCUUUCGCCGAGCGCCUUUCCUCUCUUCGCCUUAUCGUCCGCGAAUUCACCGGAGACUCGCAACUCUCUCAGCGAGAAAUCAGCAAGGUCCAUGUUCUUGUCAUGACGCCCGAAAAGUACGACAUCUUGACUCGCAAGGCGUCUGAGCACUCUCACGCACUCCUCGUCAGACUUCUCGUCAUCGACGAAGUCCACCUGCUCCACGAAGAGAGAGGAUGCGUCCUCGAAUCGAUUGUCGCGCGCACCCUCCGACAAGUUGAACUCACCCAAAAAAUGGUCCGCAUCGUCGCCCUAAGCGCCACGCUCGCCAACUACCCUGACGUUGCCACGUUCCUCCGCGUACCGAGGCGAGCCUGCUUCCACUUCGGGCCGGAGUACCGCCCUGUUCCCAUGUCUCAGACUUUUAUCGGUGUCAAAAGCAGAUCGAGCGCCGAAGAAAAAGAAAUCAUGAACGAAAUCUGCUACCAAAGAGCCGUAGAAAGCUUGAAAUUCGGGCAUCAAGUCAUGAUUUUUGUCCAGUCCAGAAACGACACAGUUCAAACGGCCUAUGCUAUCCUAGACAUGUUCGCCUCUCACUCUGCCUCGAACGACAACAACCCCCUAGACCCGCAACAACAGCCGGCCUCAUCUCACGCCACCAGCCACCUUCUUGAUCUCCAAGAUAGCCACCCUUCCUUCACGCGACUCAGAAGGGCCCUCGCUUCUUCGAAGUUCCCUUGUCUCUCCGCGCUCUUUUCCAGAGGAGUCCUCUUUCACCACGCCGGUAUGCCCCCGGCGGAUCGCCACCUCGUCGAACGCGCCUUCCUUUCCGGAUGCGUCCGGCUCCUCGUCUGCACCACCACCCUCGCCUGGGGAGUCAACCUCCCAGUUCACACCGUCAUCAUCAAGGGCACUCAAGUCUACAAGCCAGAAAAGGGCGCUCCAGACGAUCUCGAUACCAUCGACGUCCUUCAAAUUUUCGGCCGAGCCGGACGGCCUCAAUUCGAUACAAGCGCAGAAGGCAUCCUCAUCACCUCGCAUUCGAAACUCCAUAACUACGUUCGACUUGUGUGUCGCCUCCAGCCCGUCGAGUCCCGGCUGAUCAGUCGACUCGCCGAUCACCUCAACGCCGAAGUCGUUCUAGGCACCAUCUCCAACCUUCAAGACGCCAUUCAAUGGCUCACUUACACCUACUUGGCCGUCCGCGUCGCCAAAAACCCCCUCGCGUAUGGCGUCCCUUGGGUCCAACUCAUAGAGGACCCCAGCUUCCUCAAGGCAAGACAAGAAUUCGUCCUGCACGCCGCAAAAACGCUCGACCGGUGUCAAAUGGUCCGCUUCGAUCCGAUCACGCAACAAAUCCAUCCUACCGAAUUCGGGCGCAUAGCUUCUCACUACUAUAUCGAACACGAAACCAUGGACUUGUUCCGACAAGCCCUGCAGGCAUCUUCUUCUCCAGACCCGUCGAUCUCUCUAGACCCAUCCGUCGCUCCGGGGGAUCUAAAGACGUCCGCUUUACCCUUAAAAGACAACUUCAUCCAACACUACAAGGCCACUCCUUCUUCCCUCGAAAAACUGCUCAACCUCGUGUCCUUCUCAUCCGAAUUCAAGAAUAUCCGCGUUCGCGACCAAGAAAUCGACGAGCUCGAAGAAAUAUACGCACACUGUCCCCUGUCGCCAUUCGGCGGCGUCGCACACAGCUCCUCCAAGGUCAAUUUGCUCAUCCAGGUGCACAUAUGCAGGAUUUUCGUUCGCUCGCCCUCUCUGCACUCGGAUCUGGCAUACAUCUCUCAAAGCGCCAAUCGCAUUCUCCGCGGCCUAUUCGAGGUUGCGCUCAAGUCCCACAUAGCCCAAAAGUCCGUCGAUAUCCUCGUCGAUGCUCUCAAUCUCUGCAAAUCCUUCGAACAACAAGUGUGGAUCACAAGACACCCACUCGCCCAACUAGCCAACCUAAUCCCUGCAUCUUCUCUUUCUGUCCUAGAGGGUAAACGAUAUCCUAUCUCCGCACUCAGAGAAGACUCUCUUUCGCUCAUCUCCAACCUUCUCCUAGCGCAAAAGCCCGUCUCCCUUCGCGUCCAAAAAGCCGCGCGCACUUUCCCGCUCAUGAACCUAGACGCCAAAUUGCAGCCUCUCACCCGCACCGUCUUCAGACUCAUCGUCAAUUUCUCCGUCGAUUUCCACUGGGACAAAUCCGUCCACGGAGCGGUCUUUCAUGCCUGGCUUCUCGUCCACGACAUAUGCGAAACCACGCUCUAUCACCAACAGCUGUUGUCCGUUCAUGAACAGCAACGACACCAUCUCCCACCCAUCACCUGCACCAUCCUCUUGGAAGACGCCAUCAAACUUGAGCAACUCGUCGUCCGCAUUCUCUCGGACCGCUGGCUUCACUCUGAAGCUCAUAUGUGCAUCAAUCUUUCCAACCUGAAACUUCCAGACGAACACUGUCCUUAUACCCCUCUGCUUCCCUGCGAGCCCCUCCCGCUCCGCGCACUCUGUCGCCCAAAGCCGUGGCCGGUCGCGCAACUCUAUCCGUCCCUCAGCUACCUCAAUCCACUCCAGACUCAGUGCUUCUUCGUCGCCUACCACACCAAUCGCAACCUUCUCGUCGGUGCCCCCACGGGGUCCGGCAAAACGCUCGUCGCGGAGCUCGCCACCUUGAGACUCUUCCGAGAGGCGCCGCACCUCAAGGUCGUCUACAUCGCACCUCUAAAGGCACUCGUCAGAGAAAGACUCGUCGAUUGGACCAACAAAUUUGCUCGCAUCCUCCAGCCGGCCAAGCGAGUCGUCGAGCUCACGGGCGACUACACGCCAGAUUCCCAAGCUCUCACCCUCGCAGACGUCGUGGUCACCACCCCUGAAAAAUGGGACGGCAUCAGCAGGCGCUGGCGGCAAAGACCUUACGUCCAAAAAGUGGGACUUCUAAUCAUAGACGAAAUCCACCUCCUCGGAGAAGAACGUGGCGCCGUCCUGGAGGCCAUCGUGUCCAGGACCAGAUUCGUCUCCACGCUCACUAAUACACCCAUCCGCUUCUUGGCUCUAUCUACUGCCAUAUCGAACGCCUACGACCUCACCAGCUGGCUCGACAUCGAUCCCCUUCUUGGACUGUACAACUUCAAACCCUCCAUUCGGCCCGUCCCGUGUCAGGUGCACCUCGCGGGAUUCCCAGGCAGGCAUUACUGCCCUCGCAUGGCCAGCAUGAACAGACCCACCUUCAAGGCCAUAGAGACCUAUUCACCCACCAAACCAGCGCUCAUUUUCGUCUCUUCCAGACGACAAACCAGACUCACCGCUCUCGACCUCAUCAGUCUGUGCGCCCAAUCCGACCAGCCCCAACGAUUCCUCCACCUGGACGACCACGCUCUCCGGCAAUCUGUUCAGGCUGUCCAAGACGAACACCUCAAACACACUCUUUCCUAUGGCAUCGGACUCCACCACGCCGGACUCACGGACGACGAUAAAUCGCUCGUCGAACAGCUCUUCCGAUCCGGCGCCAUUCAGGUUCUCGUGUCCACGGCCACGCUCGCCUGGGGCAUCAAUCUCCCCGCCCACCUCGUCGUUAUCAAAGGCACGGAAUAUUUCGACGCGAAAACCCACAGCUACAUCGACUACCCCGUCACCGACAUUCUGCAAAUGAUAGGUCGCGCCGGUAGACCGCAGUUCGACACGCACGGCUGCGCCGUCGUCCUCGUUGAAGCCAGUAAAAAACCUUUCUACGCGAAAUUCCUGUACGAAGCUUUUCCCGUCGAGUCUCAACUCAGAUCCGCACUCCACGACCACCUUAACGCAGAAAUAGUCGCCGGCACCGUCCGCACCAAGCAAGACGCUGUCGAAUAUCUCACCUGGACGUUCUGGUUCAGAAGACUUCUCAAAAACCCAAACUAUUAUGGACUCUCAGACACUUCUCCUGAUUCACUCAAUCGAUAUCUCUCAGACGUCGUCCACCAAGUCUGUGAUGAACUCCAACGCUCUAGAUGUAUUUCCUGUAGUCACACGCCCACUUCAGAUGACUCCCUCUCCGACGAUCUCAACUCUUUCCCCCCUCUCCCCUCUUCCAACCUCGCCAAAGAAGAUCUCUUAUUCGACUCCCCUUCUUGUCAACAUUCGCUAUGGCCCCUCUUCCUUGGACAAAUCGCCUCUCACUAUUACCUCUCUCAUUCCACCGUCCACUUGUUCUCCCUGCGCCUCACCUCUAACCUUUCCAUCCGCUCCAUCCUUUGUCUGGCAUGCUGCGCCAAGGAGUAUGACGAACUUCCCGUCAGACAUAACGAAGACGUCGUCAUCGCCUCUAAUAUGCUGCGUCGCUCCAGGUUCCGUCUGUCCCCCUCCGACUUCGAUUCCAACCUCUCCUCCUUCCAUUCCGACCCGCACCUCAAAGCGUGUCUGCUUGUCCAGUUCCAUCUGUCCAGAUUGCCGCUUCCUAUCACCGAUUUCAUCACCGACACCAAACAAGUCUUUGAUCAGUUCACCCGUAUCUUACAAGCCAUGAUCGACGUCUCCGCGCAUUCCGGAUGGCUCCUCACCACACUCAAAUGCAUGUACAUUUUGCAAAUGUGUGUGCAGGCAUGUUGGCUCGAUCAACCUCCCUUGUCGCUUCUCCCCGGAUUCCUUUCUCCACCCAUCCAACAACUACUCCUCAAACACCACAUACGCUCCCCCGCUCAACUCCUCCACGCAAAGCAUAUCGUUCAAACCAUCAAGCAACACCUGUCUGCGUCCGAUUCAAACUCGCUGGACGCCGCUCUCGGCUCUUGGCCUGUCAUCCAUCUCCGCUGGUCCUCCUCUUCUCUUUCUCCCUCGCCGCCGCUUCGCUACCAACUAAUCGUCCAAAUCCACCGCUCGCACCCGAAACACCCUUGCCACGUCUACGCCCCCCACUUCCCAAAAAAAAAAGAAGACGGCUGGUGGCUCGCCCUGUCCUCGUCCGACAAAACGCAACUUCUCGCACUCAAAAAAAUCACCCAUAUUAACGCCUCUCCUACCUGCAGUCGGCGACGCGUGUACCUCGACUUCGAAACCCCGCAGCCCGUCAACCUCGUCCAUCUCCUCCUCAUCAGUGACACCUAUGUUGGACUCGACCAAGAGUACGCCGUCCAACUCGACGCGCCCUCUAGCCAAGAAGCAUCGCGUCACCACUCAACAUGCCCAACUUCUACCGACUGA